GUUUUUUCCACUGCCGAAAGGGCCGAAGCGGUGGUGGUGACAGACUAGCGCCAAGGCUACCCAAGACGCUAGCCCGCUAGCCCCACCGGCUAAGUCGAUAGCUGGCGAACCAUGAGGCUGGCGGGGCGCUGGAGGGGUGGGGGGCCUAGGGUGGACUGGGUGGGAACCAUGGAAAUCGAGAAUUGUGGGAUCCUCUUUACCCUCUCUGGCACCUUGUCCGAGUGGGAAGUGGAGAGCGUCUCGCCCGUCUUUUUUAUCUUUUUUAUCUUUUUUUGGGCAUAUUUUCUUUUUUUUUUAUUAUCUUCCAGGGGUCUGAGACGUCUGGGACGGAAGAAAUAUCGAUAUCAUGAUUCAAAUCGGGAUCAUCAAAACGAUGACAUCUCUUGGCCUAUUCAUUACGAGUCAUGGGAAUGUAUACUGAUGUAGGAGAAAAAAAAGAAGGUUGUCAAUUUGAAUUCUCAUCCUCCUUCUCUGAUAAUUGCUUUUCCUGCUCCC